AUGGCCGACAACGGCGAUCGUGUCAUGUGUCAUGCUUGCGGCGGAGUUUGGUUGCUAGAAACCGGAGAAGACGGACAUGAUACCAACCUAAGGUGCCCACAUUGCGAAUCCGAUGCCACUGAGAUCAUUGAAAUCCCCCCGAAACCCCUCCGCCAGAACUCGAAGCAGAACCGCAUUCGCCGCCAGUGA